AUGUUGCGCAUGGUAACUCGAUGUGGGUUCUUGGCGUCCCUGCUGGCAGUCACUGCUUGGGCUCGCCAGAGCCAGGUACCAGAGAGCGAUGUCACGUCCAAACUCCAUCGUCGAGCACCAUUUCCAGUGCCCCUCAAGGUCUGUUGUGUCGGAGACUCCAUAACGUCAGGGAUCGGGUCUACUGGCGACAACGAGGGCGAUGCCUGGCGUCGAUACCUCUAUGAUCUGAUCACACAGGGCGGCACGUCAUCCACCUUCGUUGGCAAGCAGACCGGUCAAUACUCCGCUCCGGGCGGCGGAGUCGCAUCAGUCUCCUCGCCCAACUUUCCCCAGCCUGACAACGAGGCCGCUGGGGGCUAUCGUAUCAAUCAAAUCAUUGGUCUGCUCCAGCAAGAUGGCACUAUUGCGGCGGAGCAGCCUAACCUGGUCGUGAUUCACGCCGGAACGAACGACAAUGUGUUGCAAUUUGUUUAUCAAGAUGAAGCUCAGCCCAAUACACAGAAUUGUGUUGAUUUCACCUGCAUUGGUAAUGCUCAUGCAAGUGAAACUUGGGCUGAUGCACCGAACCGCUUAGGGAAUCUAAUCGACUAUGUCCUUUGUAACAACCCCAAUGCCGUCGUGCUAGUGUCUGUUCUGAUCCAGAACUACAUCAACGCGACUCAGGGGAACUUGUUCAAGGCGGCUGUGCCAGAAGUCGUCGCAUCGAGGUACGAAAAGGGCUUCAAGGUUCGACUUGUCGACCUGUCAUCGAUCUAUCCAUCCGACGACAACGAGUUACACCCCACGAACCCUGGCUACCAGGACAUGGCAAACCGAAUCUAUGCAGCGAUGCUGGACAUCCCUUCGAGCUGGUGGACAGCCAGCAAUACGAAAGCCAAACGCGCAGACUCAGGUCCAGUCGAGACGUGCGAUCGGAACUCGAUAUCCUUCACUGCGGCUGUGGGCGGUGCAAACGUUGCCGCUGGUUGGCAUGUGUCAGGAGAUCCGGGCGCCGGACCAUCCACCCCGGCGACGUCGGGUCAAGCUAGCUCCAAGCAGUGGGUGCCCCAGUGGGGAAAUGAUGGAGACAUUGCAAUUGGCACGGGCUAUCCUGGUUCUGGAGUGCGGCUGGCCGAUCUUGACGGAGAUGGGCUUGCUGACUACAUCUGGGUGAAUACAAGGGACGCCUCCUUUCGUGCUUGGUUGAACGGAGGCAAAGACGCAUGGUUCGCCAUCGACAAUGCAAAUGAGAUCCUCUGGGGCACUGGGGAACCUGACUAUGUUGAAUUUGUGGACCUAACUGGCGACAAGCGAGCUGAGUAUGUCUUGGUACAGAAUGGAGCAUUCCGAGUGUUCGUGAACGGUGGCAAAGACGGCGACAGCUGGAGCUUCAAGGAGUCCACCCUGGCCGGUCAACAGCUUACCAACGCCUUUGGUAGCGGUGGACUGGGCCUACACUACUUUGGAGACCUAAAUGGCGACAAACUGGCAGAUCUAGCUAUCCUACGAAGCAGUGGCGUCGUGGAUUUCUACAUUCAGCAGGGCACGAUCGGCACAGACAGCUUCAGUUGGUCCCCCUGUUUGAACCACGCCGAACUUACUGGAAGUAUGAAUCUAGUGGACAUUGAUGGAGACGGCCGUGCGGAUUACGUUUCCAUGGCCGACAAUGGCUCGCUCUCCGGCUGGCUUAAUACUCCCGGCGGCUCUUGCGACAUUACACGGGUUCCCAUCAGCGGACGAGGCGCAGACAGUCUUGCAUUCACCUAUGGUGUGCCGGCAUCGCAAGUACGACUAGCAGAUCUAACGGGUGACGGCAAGGCCGACUACGUGACGGUAACAGACGACACAGGACAGCUCAACUUGUACCCAAACAACGGCUACUUCAGCACUCAGGACAGCGGCGCGAGAACAGGGGGUAUCGGAGGUUAUGGGGCUGCUGUUCGUCUGGCGGACAUAAAUGCUGACGGAAAGGACGACUACCUCUCUGUUGACGAUGUCACUGGGGUGUUGGCCUACCUCAAUGAGGGUCAGCAAGGCAAUAGUUGGUCUUUCGCCGAACAAAACAACGGAGCAGUUAUUGCCCUAGGCUACUCAGGGGCGAGUCGGAGCGAGAUCCAGUUUGUGGAUCUUGAUGCCAACGGCUAUGCGGACUUUGUGAUGAUCAACGCGAGCACCGGUGCCCUUCACACCUACCUCAACUUUGGUCCCACCGACAAAGGCUACAACUUCGAGAUCAUUCCCGCAGAGAUCGCCAUAGGUGUAGGAGGCAUUGGCGCUGGCGUUCGCCUGGCCGAUAUGACUGGAAGUGGAAGAGCCGACUACAUCUACCUAGACGAAUCAGGUGCCGCUCGAAUUUGGGUCAACAAUGGCAACGGGUCUGACUUUGCCGACUUGAGCGCUUGGGUUGUCCUUAACAACGGGUAUGACGCGGCCAUUGGCGUAGGAGCACAGCGGCAGGACGUCCACUUUCACGACGUUGACGGCGACGGACUUGCUGAUUACAUUUGGGUACAUCCCGAUGACGGAUCCGUCAGCGUCUGGUACAACGAUGGUCCGCUGAACUCCGCCCUUGGUUGGAUCUCGGGUGGCACAAUUCAGCCUGCUAUGGGCGUUGCUGGACAGAACAUUCGGUUCGCGAGAAUAGGAGAUUCUGCGGUAAAGCUCGGCAGGGAGGAGCAGGCGGACAAUGCAGCCCAAAGCCGCCGCUCCCAGCUCAGUCUGGGCCAGAAGCACCGUACAAUGCUGCGCCCGAUUCUGGAUGCAUCACAGCUCCGUGCUCAACCUGCUACUCAUCUGGAUGCGGCGGACCGUGUUCUGGUGAGGGCUGUAGCACAUGCUCAGGCACGGGAUGCGCAGGUUGCAAAGGCGGAGACUGCCAUGCUGCCACAGGGACCAACGUUGGGGUCUGCACCGACAAAUGCUUCGCAUGCCAAGGCGUCGAUUGCUCCCUGGCCGGUGGUGCUACAAAGUGCAGCGGUCCCAAGUGCACAACGAGCGGACUGCUCGACCGACAAGUACAGCUGCAACGGUGAUGACUGUCGCGUUUGCUAUGGCAGUGAUUGCAAGCAGUGCAACGGCUCGGACUGUGAGACGUGUACGGGAAGCAGCUGCAAUGGUUGCAAUGGCUCCGACUGCACUAUGUGCACCGGGUCAGGCUGCACGUCCGCUUGUCAGGGCGGCAACUGCCCCGGAGCCACUGCCCCGACGACUGGAUCGUCCCCCACGACCGUCACGGCGGCUCCAACUGUAUGGGACAACGGUGGCAGUGCCUUCAAAGACCAUCCUGCCACGGCAGCGCCAUCCACUGGUUGUGCCGUGACUUCGCGACAAUCCACCACCAUCACCGAAGCUUUCCCCCAGACCACUGAGUACAACACCAUCCCUGCGGGGCCCUAUUGCGCGUGCGCCGGCGAUGUCGUUGCCGGGGUUGACUCGAGCACCGACCGAGCGGGCACAGUAUUCCUCUACUGUGCGACCGGCAUCACAACCUUUGCAAGUACUAAUGCCCAAGCUACAGCGACCGCCACCGCCUCACCCGGAAGUGCCGAUAACCCCGACUGGGCCCACGUGUCGUGCAGCUAUGGCAGUCUCACGGACCGAUACAACAACCGCACGCAAAUGUGGGAUGAUGCCGGAGCCUCUGCGGCUUGGGACGCCGUUGUGUUAGCCUGGAAGGAGUCCAACCAGGCCAUGUACCCGAGCUUUGCAGACUUUGUCACUGACUGGUUUGAUGCCGGCGACCAAGGCUGUACGAUACUGGGAUUCGGCGGAUGUGCGUCCUAUAUGGGCUGCUCGGAUUCCACCUCGCCCGCCGCAUGGCUAAUCGUCAACUCCAUCGCCACUGUCUUCAACAUACUCAAUUCUUUGUUUGGGGAUGUACGAACACUAGAUGGUGCUCUUGCUGUCGACCUGGGAGCCUUCACAGACAAAUUUUCCAUCGACGAAAAGUACAUUGAAGACACCAUGCAGCAACAACAAGCAUUGCGAAAGAAGUAUAAUACCGCACUGCUCGUUCUGAGCAUCAUCAUCAACUUCACGUUCGCUACUGCCUUAAAGACUAUUGGAAAUCUUGGCAAAGGUCUUCAGAGCAAUCUGUUGUCCUCGACCGGAAGCACACUCUACGGCGAAAUCUCGAACGCGUUCUCAUUCCACGAACUAUCGCUAGAGACUGAGAAUAUCCUUUACACGCAAAACACUGUGGAUCUAUACGGCGGUUUCGUAGUCAGCGAGUGGACGGACACCAUCCAGAAUGUCACAACCGGGCUAUUCAAUAAUCCCGAUUCGCUCGGUGCCCUCAUGAAUUAUGGAGCUUACUUCACAAGCUCGAACGAAUCGCUAUCUGCGAACGAUCAAACGAACGCCAUGACCGCGGCCCUUUUUGCCAAUUUGCUUCCCGUAGUCUGGCAAGGUAGUCCUGCACUCGGUGAGCCACUCAUUAUAACCGCUGGCACCAGUGCAUGCGACAGAUACCUCUUUGAAGGCUUCGCGUCGACCGAUGGCAUAUUCCAUGGCGUGAGUGAUGAAGGGACCGGCAGGAAUUUGAAAUGGAUCAUCGACAGCGCGGACCUCGCCAUGGACACUUGCUUCACUCACAAUGGAGUAGCGUUCUACCUCCUUUGGCUCUAUGUUGCCUUUGAAGACAAUUACAUCGUACACUUCGGCAUACCUCCUGGGCCCCCAUCACAGCUCAACGGCACCGCUGGGUACUUCGGCGGCCUCGAUAUUGACCAGGUCACCGCCAAUGCGGUCAACAGUUGGCAAGCUAACAACCAGACCAACGACUUUAGUAAUUUGGUCCCCACUUCCAUAUUGCAAGAUGUCUUUGCGAUCGGAACUGCCGACAUUGCGAACGCCCCUGGCCUAGUACAGCUGCCCAUUUGUCAGCUCAACGAUGUAGCAGGCCAGCUUUACGCCAGCAGCCACAACGACCAGAACAGUACUUCAUGGCCUUGUCAGACGGGCCUGUCCGGGAAAGGAAUGAUCUCUUUCAACACCCGUUGA